UAUGUGUACGCCGUUUUGUAUACAAUUGCCCAAAUUUUAUUGUUACAAAAUUAAUUUUUUGUAUUAAAAAUUUGUUACUGAGAUGUCUGUGAAUCAUUCAUACAUCAAUAAAUUUUUAACUGUAGUUUUUUAUUACUAUAUAUAAUAUAACUAUUAAUUUAUUCAUUUGUUUGUGAUUUUACAAUGGCAUCAUCAAUAGUUAUAAAUGUAGCAUUGUGCCGAAUUUGUUUAACUGAAAAUGAAAAACUUGUAGAUGUACUCGAAACAGUUAAUACUGAUCGCAAUUUAAUUAAAGACAUUUACUCGUAUUACAAUGUUCAAAUAAAUGGUGAUGAUGGAAAAUCAAAAAUGGUGUGUAAAAACUGUAUUAGAAAUAUUGACCUUUGGCGGGAACAUGUCAAAAAAGCAGCAGAUGCACAGUUUAUUAUUGAUUAUAUUGCAAAAAAGGCACAUGAUUCAUCUCAAAAUAUUAAUGAAAAACAAUUUUCAUCAUCAUUUGGAAAAAACAAUGUUAGUUCUCGUAGAUUUCAAACUACCUGUUCAUUUGAACGAAAAAUCAUGACACAAGACUAUAAAAAGUUGAUAUUUUCUAAAAAUCAUAAACCAUUGGCUAACUCUUGUCCAUUGUGCAUCAAUUUUAAUGAUAAACACUUGCAGUAUAAUACUCAUGAGUUGUGUUCCAAGCAUACAAAUGCAUUUACAUGUCUAGUACCAAAUUGUUAUUACAUAUUUGCUACUUUAGAAUUAUUUAUAAAACACUACCGUAGACAUAUUAAUCUCAAAACAAACACUUAUUUGUGCCGCCAAUGUUUCAAAGUUUUAGAAAGUCCUAGAAAAUCAAAAUUAGGACAUUCACAUCAAGAUAUAUCAAUUUUUUUGGUUUGUUGUUCAACUAAAUUUUUAACAAUGUCAGAUUUUGUUUUACAUAAGAUACAGAAACAUUCUGGUAAAAUAAUUCAUAGUAAUGCUCAAUACAAACAAUUUGCGUUAGAUUUUAUAACCCCUAUUAAUACAUUUUCAAAACUCAAUACAGAUUUUGAGUGCGUUAACUGUGAAUUAUUUACGUGUCUAGUGCCUAACUGCAAUAAUGUGUACAAUGUUAAAUCAACAAAUUAUCGACAUUAUGUACAACAUGCAAACAUAUCAGAAAAAUUUUCUACUUGUAGUAUUUGUUUGUACUCAUGUUUAGAAAUAAAUUAUGUUAAACACGGUAUACAUAAAUCCCCAUCAAUAAAAUGUAGCAUUUGUAAUGUUGAAUUUGAAUCUAUUCAUAAUUUAGCUGAACAUAGACUUUUUAAACAUAAUUCAGUUAUAUUAUGCUCACCCAAUUUAUUCCCUGGUUGUCCAGUUUGUAAUAUUGAAUUUGAAAACGACAUUGAUACAUAUAAACACUAUCUAGUAUGCCUAACUAAGAAAAAUGAAGAUAUAAUAAAACUAUCUGAUGUCAAAAUAAAUUCAUCUGUAAACAGUUUUGUAUCACGAAAAGCAAAAACUAAAGAAGAUAUAAGUAGUUAUGUUUGCAAAAUGUGUGGACUUUCCUGCUUUAGUGUACUUGAAUAUGUUGAACAUGCUAAAAAAGAACAUAAAAUGUAUAUAAUGUUAAAAGAAAAUGGUAUUAAAUUGUGUCCAUUAUGUGAUCAAAAUUUCUUAAGUAAUGAUUUUGUAGCUCAUAUUGAACAAUGCACUAAUAGCAUGAAAAUAGAAGAUAUGCUCAAAAAUUGUUUUAAAUGUGUAUAUUGUAAUUUUAUCUUUGAAGAUUUAGCACCUAGUCAAUUUCGAGCUCACUUAUUAUAUUGUAAAUCAUUUGAAGAAAAAGUUGAAAAUGGCAUAAAUUAUUAUUGUUGUCUCAACUGUACAUUCAGAACUAGAGAACAUUCUGCUACCCUAGGGCAUGCAACAUCAUUUUGUAUAUACUUCCAAUUAAAAAUGAAGUAUGCAAUGGGACCUGAUGAGAAAUUAAAAGUGGAAGAGCGUGAAAAUUUACUGAAAGAAGCUAAAAUAAUUGUUGAGUGUAAAGAAGAUUUUCCAUCUAUUAAUGGCAAGUUAUCCUGUAAAAACUGUCCCCAAAAAUUUUUAUCCUACAAAGAAGCUGUUGAGCAUUGGAAAAGAUGCUCAAUGGCAGCAUCCUUAAGUACUAUUCAGAAAUCUAAGUCAAAGCCUUGUUUCUUCUUUUGUACACAAUGUAAAUCACGUUUUUUUAAUCAAACCUUGUAUCAAAAUCAUAUACUAAGACAUAAAGGAACAAGUCAAGAUCAGAUUUUAAGAAGUUGGCAAUGCGGCACUUGUUGGACAAGUUUUGAUUCUGAAGUUGAGCUGAAUAAUCAUUCUACAAUUCAUGAACUACAAGCUGGAGUGCCAACAGCUGUACCAAUUAAUGCAGAGACUGACACAUUGAUUAAAAUGGAAGACAUACAGGAUUGUGAUAUGGAAUCUAAGUGUCUUGAGCAAGAUGUAAUUUUAGAUGAAGUUUUCAUUAAUGGUAAUCAAAUUAAUAGUAUAAGUAAAAUAAACCAUAUAAUUUUGGAUAACUUUAAUGAUCAAAAUAACGUAACAAUGGAUGAUGAUAAUUUAAUAGAUGAUAUUGAAGAUAAACCAGAUUUAGGUCAUAUUUUAAUGGAAAAUAUGCAUGGUAUAUAAAAUAAUAGCAUUGAUGUUAAUUGUGUAUUCGAAGUAUCUUAAUAGGUAAUUGUGUUCAAAAUAUUUUUUUUUGUUUCUAUUAAACCUUUAAAAAUUAAGUAUAACAUGUAAUAAUUUAAAAAAUUACAUUUUAUUGUAAUAACAUUUUCAUUGUAUGUAACUUAAGAUUUUAUUACUGAAUAAAUAUAUAUAUAAUCUAUAUGUAUAGAUUAUAUAUAUAUAUAUAUUAUAUAGUUUUGAUA